CAAAAUUUUUAAUGUACUAAAAUAUAAUUUUCCACAUAUGAUGUUGAACCUAUUUGUAUCUUCUUAAAAACUUCAGGUACUAAAAUGUAACUUUGGCCAAGUCCAGCUGCUUCGCCGGUGCCGAACGCUUCGCCGGUGCCGAAUGCCGGUCUACAACCCGCCGUCGCUGAUAUCCUUGAGCCGGUCUACACCCCGCCGGUGCUCUGCUCGCUGUUCCCCCUCAACUGGGUCGGGAAUCGCCACGGCUUCUCCGAGCCCCUUCUCGGCGUUCAGGGGACGAAAAUCGGAGUGGGUUUUUGGGGAGGAAGAGACGGUUUCAGGGGACGAAAUCGGAGUGGGUUUUUGGGAGGAAGAGACGGUUUCAGGGGACGAAAUCGGAGUGGCUUUUGUAUCACUAGGCGGCGCCGCGGCGGCGAUGCGAUUUAGCGGUCGGAGGGAAUGCCGAAAUCGAAGGUGUCCGGGGCGGCGACAUUCGAGGCUUCGAGCUAGUGGCGGUGGACUGGCCGGGGCGCCGACGUCGUGGCCGUCUCUGUUUGCUCAGCCGGCUCGUCGUCGACAAAGGAUGGGUAGAGAGAAAGAGAGUGCCGACUCUCGAUUCUCGACUGAGAGGAAACGAAGAUUUUCUUUUUCUUUUUAGUUUCGUUUUUCUUUUUUUAAUUAUUUGGGUUUGGAUUUUUUAACUCAAGUUCAUGGGUAAAACCCAAUUAAACCCAACAUAAUGGGUAUGGGUUUUGACCCAUCCGACUUUAUCCAUUUACACUUUAAUUGGAUUUCAGACCCAACCCAAAUGGGUUGGAUAGUUACAAACCCAUAGGUAUGGGUAUAAUUGCCAAGCCUAAUCAUGUACCCCGAAUUACAUUGAAUUCAUUCAUCUACCUAGAGACUAGUGUGAAAUAACUAUAUUUUUUAUAUAUAGAUAAUGCUAGUGUGAAAUAACUAUCAUUCAUGUAUUGUUUAUCACCUAUUAUUCAUAUACUGUUUUUGUAUAAAUAGUUCUCAAUGUCUAUCAAUAAGAUCAAGUUCAUAGUUUCUCACAGUUCUCUAAGAAGUUAAAUCUUCAAUUUCGAAGUUACGAUUUGGUGUGAUAUUGAAACGCAGGAAACUAAUUGAUCAUCAUUUAAAAAACCACUUAGGAAAAUAUAACAAAAGGCUUUCAUAGAAAAUAAUGAAUUUUAGUUUCCAGG